CCCUAAUUUAUGAUAUAUUAUAUCCGAUCCAAUUAAGAACCCUGGAAGGAAGAUGGAUCAACCAGUGAGAACUGUGAAGUAUUCGAAUUCUCUCAACCUUUAGACAAGCCAGUACAUUUUAGGCAAUAGGCAUUACGCGCGAAGGGUUUAAUCGUAAAUUCAAACUGAGGCCCGCCUGGAACUGAGACUCCCGAUUCCCGACUCCCGGCCUCCGACUCAAAUACCGUCCAAUCAAUCUGUGGCUUGACAAAUUCUGUAUACUACGCAACAAGUAUUGGCUCAAGUAUUUCGUCGAUCUUUUAUCUUUGAAAAGCCCUGGUUUCUAAUUGUUAGCUGGAGAUCAAUAUAGCUGUCUCAUUGUAUAUUUUAAGCUCUGCGAACAGAACUUAAAGAAAUAUGCAAAAUAGAAAACCACGUCAGAUGUUGAUAUGCAUCCUUGUUUAGAAACCGCUGAGUGAAGAAACAGCAGACAGGCAGAAGAAACAUUCAAUUUAUAUAUAUAUUUCUAAACUGUGCGUAGAUGCUUACGGCUUUAGGUCGGUGUGAAGUGUGAACUGUUAAGCAAUUGCCAAAAUUGCUAAUGGUGACAAAACGUGUAAAAAAACGUUCCAAAAAUGAAGAUUUGGACACACUUACAGUUCCACCAGGUUUCACGUCUCGUACAUCCUUCCUACUGAAGAAGGUAAAAAAUUGUGAGGAAUCACAUGAUACAUUCAAAAAUUCAGAGCAGACAAACACUGUUUCUGGCACAGUUGAUGAUGCCAUACUAAAGAGAUCUAGUGGCAGUAGGCCCUGGAUACUUUAUGAACAGAACAAUCUGAAUCGAGUGGGAUCUGAGUCUGGGCAACCUGUUAAGGAACUCCCUUCAAAAGCUUGUCUUCCAAAAGGUGUUACCCGUGGUUGCCCAGAUUGUGAUGAUUGUCUGAAGGUGACAGCAAGGUGGUGUCCUGAAGAUGCUAAGACAGAUGUACUUGAAGAGGCUCCUAUCUUUCACCCAACUGAUGAGGAAUUUAGUGAUACACUUAAGUAUAUCGCUAGCAUACGUCUCAAAUCAGAACAAUAUGGAAUAUGUCGUAUUGUUCCACCUCCUUCUUGGAAGCCACCAUGCCCUUUAAAGGAAAAAAAUGUAUGGAGUAGCUCUACGUUUGUCACUCAAAUUCAACGGAUUGAUAAGAUUCAAAAUCAGUAUUUGCAGAGUGAAACAGCUAAGAUUGAUCAAAAUGUGAACUGCAAAAGGGGAAGGAUCUUGAGUGCUUGUUUAGGGCGUGGGGUUGGUAAUGAAUGUGGCAUGCUCUCAGAUGAAGUUGGAUGCUUCAAUGUUGAGGGUUUUGAAUCUGAACCUGGUCCAGAAUUUACUCUUGAAAGAUUCAAGAAAUAUGCAGAUGAUUUCAAGAAACAGUAUUUUUGCUUGAAAGAUACAGUUAAGAGUGUGGAUCCCAAUUCCACAGUGCUUCAAGAGCAAUCAGAACCAUCAGUGGAAAACAUUGAGGGUGAAUAUAGACGUAUUUUCAAUAAUCCAUCUGAGGAAAUUGAGGUGCUUUAUGGUUAUAAUCUGGAUACUAGGAAUUUUUGCAGUGGAUUUCCAAAUUUAUUUAAUUCUUUGGAAACUUCUGACUACCAGAAGUAUUUGAAAUCAAGCUGGAACUUGAAUAACGUACCUAGGCUUCCUGGUUCUCUUCUCUCUUCUCAUAACUGCAAUACUUCUGGUAUAUUGGUGCCUCGGCUAUGGAUAGGAAUGUGCUUUACUUCAGUUUAUUGGAAAGUUGAAGAGCACUGUUUAUACUCACUCUGGUAUAUGCAUAUGGGUGCGCCUAAAAUUUGGCAAGGUAUCUCUGCGAGAUAUGCUGUCAAAUUUGACACUGCUAGGAAGAAGUGUGUUCGAGAUUUGUUAUUUGAACAGUCUAAGAUUUGUGAUAGGACGGUUACAAAACUUUCUCCUUCUGCCUUGAAGUCUGAGGGUAUCCCUGUUUAUCAUUGCAUUCAGUAUCCUGGGGAGUUUGUUCUGGUAUUUCCCGGAGCUUAUUAUUCAGGAUUUGACUGUGGCUUCAAUUGUUCAGAGGCAGUAAAUUUCGCUCCCAUUGAUUGGUUACCUCAUGGUCAGAAUGCUGUAGAACUCUAUAGAGAACAGCGGAGAAAGACAUCUAUAUCCCAUGAUAAGCUGUUACUGGAUGCAGCCAGGGAAGCUGUUAAGGCACAAUGGGAAAUUUUGCUGUUAAGUAAGAAAACCUUAGAAAAUUUAAUGUGGAAGGAUGCUUGUGGAAAGGAUGGGAUAUUAACAAAGGCACUCAAGUCACGCAUCAAGUUAGAAAGCAACAGAAGAGAGUAUCUUUGCUCCUAUUUAAGAUCAACGAGCAUGGAUGAAGACUCUGAUGUUUCCAGCAAAAGGGCAUGCGGCAUAUGUCUCUACGAUUUACACCUAUCAGCAGUGAGUUGUCCCUGUUCUGCCAAUAGAUAUUCAUGUCUAAAUCAUGUAAAGCUGCUCUGUUCUUGUGCUUGGAGUGAAAAGAUUUUUUUGUUGCGCUAUGAGAUCAGUGAAUUGAAUGUUCUUGUUGAAGCUUUGGAAGGAAAACUGAAUGCAGUCUACAGGUGGGCUAGGAAUGAUCUUAAGCUGUCUCUCCACUCUUCUGUGUCCAAAGAUGGUUUACACCUAAGCCCACAAGCGGAAAAAUCAAAACAGAAACAUCAGAAAUCCCUAGAUGCUGCUACAUUGAAUGGCACUGGGAAGAAGGCCUUUUCUAGCAUAAGGGAAGAAAUGAAGGCCCGGAUACUUCAAAAAAAUUGCUCAAGUUUUGGACCAAAAGAAGAAGAGAAAACUUCAGAACCUUCAGUUGUUUCAAGCAGAACUGUAGAAAAUAGCUCCCUUUUAAAAAGACAGGAGUUGUUAGAAAUUUCUUCUGAAGAAGACAGUUCUAGUGUCUCAUUGUCAGAGUCUGAGUAGACAUAAGAUCUUGCUUUCAGUUGGGGCAAAAGUACAUGAUCCCUAGCUUCAAUCUCAAAUACUCAUGGCCAUCCUGAAACAGAAGUUUUUUCAUCUUGACUUUUGAAAGGUAUUUCUGGUGAGCACAACAUGGAAAUACUCUGUUUGAGUUCCAAAGCUGAGCAUAUUAAAGCUCCAAGAAGAAUUUGGUCCUUACUGGUGUUUAGCUUGACUAACCACGGCCAUUAGUGUGCCUGCUUUACAUUACAGUGCAUUCAACAAAAUUUUCAUGCCAAAAGAAAAACUUGACCAACAUGAAUAGAUUUGCUGAAGCAGAGGCUGAAUAUGCAACAGCAGCGUAAUGCAUAUAACUCAGUUGGCAUAAUUUUUUGGACGGCACACAUUGUUAGAUGAUUGUUACUUAAAGAAGUUUACUUUUGUUCCUAGAUGUGAUAUACACAGAUUGUAAUCUUCUUCAACGCUAUGUAGCGGUGAAAUAUAUUCUAGUAGCUGAUAUAUUUCAUAUUUUGGAUAA